CGCCGCCUGGUGUCAUGACAAGUCGAAUUCGCCUUUCCCCCUCUCAGUAGGUCGUCUGUCCAUCACAGCGUGAUGCCUGCACGCUCCAAAAUAUCCCGAACGGUAGCCAGGUCUAGCUCAAUCCUGCGAAAGCCAGAGUCGGGGACUUCGCGGGCCGGUGUCCAUCAUCGAUGGUAAAAUAAGUCCAGUCCUUCGAUCCCCUGGUGGCUUCCCAAGGAGUCUUCUAGGGCAAUCCUUAUAGACAGAUGGGGUUGCUAAGGAUUGCUAAGGAUCCCUGUCUGUCUCUCUUUUAAUUUAUUUUGAUUUUACGCCUAUCCCCUGUUAUAAGCUUUCAUCGUGCCCAGAUUGCGCCCACCAACGUGACGGCCUCGUCCUUUCCUCUCGUUUCAUCUCCGGACGAUGCCUACCUCGAACGAAUACGGACCAGAUUCCCAGGGCUCCGUCGUUAUCGGCGUUGCUCUGGCCUUUGCUAUCAUAACUUUUAUUGUGAUUGUACUGCGACUAUUUGCGCGGAUUUAUGUCCUGCGACAGAUGGGCUUCGAUGAUUAUCUCAUCAUAGGUGCUUGUUUAUUCUCGUGGGCGUUCAGUGCUGUGACCAUUGUCGCCGUUCGGCAUGGGUUGGGAUCUCAUAUAACCAAUGUCCCCUUGACGGGGAUGGAGACGUAUGCCUUUACUGUCUGGCUCAGCUCCAUGUUCUAUCUCGCCUCAAUCGGCUUCAUCAAGACCUCCGUGUGCUGGUUCUACACCCGACUGGGAGCCCGCUAUCUCACACGCUUGGCCUAUAUCAUGAUGAUCGUCGUGGCCUGCCAGGCCACCUCGUUUGUCCUUGUGGCGGCCUUCCAAUGCAAUCCGAUUCCCAAGGCUUGGAAGGGGGACGCCCUGCCGGGCAAAUGCGUCACGAUCAACGUCUUUUACCUCGCUAACGCUGCCCUGAACAUCUUCACGGAUGUGCUGACCUACACCCUGCCCAUCAAGGUCGUCUUCGAGCUGCAGGUGCCCAAGAAGCAGAAGAUGGUGCUGGGGUUGAUCCUCAGUCUGGGUCUCUUUGCCUGUAUCUCCUCAAUCAUCCGCAUCACCUACAUUCCCACCAUGUUGACCUCUGAGGACGCCACGUACGCCAUCACGGGCGCCAUGUACUGGUCCGUGAUCGAGAUCAACAUCGGCAUCCUCGCGGCCUCGAUCCCCUCGUUCAAGGCGAUUGCCUCGCGCUUCUUGCCCCGCCUCAUCGGCGAAUACACCUCCAACCGCAAGUACGCGACCUUCUCGGACGAUCCGCGUAAGUACGGCACGGGCUUCUCGCGGGUGCAAGACGAUGGCAUGGCCAUGGGGGGGAUGGGCAAGAGCUACAACGACACGGCCAUGGGCACGCAGAUCGGACGCACGACGUCCGAGGAUCGCAUCUUCGUGCCCGAGGGCCGCAUCUACGCCAAGACGCAGAUCGAGACCAACGUCGAGGAGAGUCGCGAUUAUAGCGGCCGAUCGUCAUCGCUGGAGCGACAUUAAUCGCCCUCGUUUCUUGCACGUUCCUCCUUUCUUAUGUUAUAGUCUAAUAUUUGGGUUCAUGUCAGGGCUGGGCGGCUGGAAUUUUUUCGUACACACACACACACACACACUUUUAUGUAUACCGUCAUAACUGAUGUGGCUCUCACUCUUUAUCUUCCGUUUUUCCUUCUUUGCUUUCUCCCCUGAUACCACUUUGUUUUGGCCCGGGUUUCGGCUGGCACGGGGUAUUGAUUGGGCUUAUGCCCUGCCGGGCUUAUGGUCGUCCACAGGGUGUGGAUUUAUUUUGAUGUUUUGCAGGUCAGACUUUGGCACGUUUUGUGGUCCAUCCUUAUUAUAAUUUUAGCUAGUGCCAGGUCAAUGAAGCAAAAAAUUGUUGACAAUUGCGAGGAUGUCAUGCUAUGUUUGUUGCUGUACAUCUCAGGAAGUUGAUCUCAUGAUUUAUUACGUGUGUGG